AUGAAGGAUCCAGGGGCUCUUCAUUAUUUCUUAGGCAUUGAGGUUCAAUCUACUUCCUCUGGUUUAUUCCUUAGUCAAACAAAAUAUGCAGUUGACAUCCUUCACCGAGUGGCUAUGACAGAUUGCAAGCCCGUUGCUACUCCUAUGGUAGUUGGUCAAAAACUCACUCAAGCUGGCUCCCCCUUCUCUAAUCAAACUCUUUAUCGAUCCGUUGUUGGGGCUCUUCAAUAUUUGGUCAUCACACAUCCUGAGCUUGCUUAUAGUGUUAACACAGUUUGUCAACAUAUGCAUGCCCCUACAAAUGAACUCUUUCGUGCAGUUAAGAGUAUUCUACGCUAUAUAAAGGGCACUCUUCAUUUUGGUUUGAAUCUCUACUCUUAUCCCUCUCGGCAACUUCUAGCCUAUUCCGAUGCCGAUUGGGCUGGCUACCCCGACACUCGCCGCUUUACAUAUGGUUAUACCAUAUAUCUUGGUCGAAAUUUAGUCUCUUAG